AUGCCUCCUCUGAGUCACUCAACUGUCCACAUUGUCCCACCUCAAUAUCAAUAUGGUCUUGAUCGGUCCAUCGCCAAUCUUCGUGGAUCUAUCCCCAGCGCAACUCAACACUCUUUGCUUCUCCAUUCUGGUCGUAGUGCUCCAAUUAUUGACAACCUCGAAGAUGCCGCCAGCCAAACUCCGCAGUCCAACCCACCUGUUGAUCUACCUCAAGCUCAGCCACCAGCUUCCACCUCUCUUACCGAACGCCCAACCAAAAAAAGGAAACGUACCGCUGAACAUAACAAGUCUGCUUCACCUCAAUCAACCGAAGUCCUCCUUCAGAAGUCCUACGAUGAACUUUUUGAACGUGCCCUCGAUGAAGAUGAGACGGAUGAGUCGAUUGUUCCUGAAGAGCCUGGUGCUUUGGUGCCUUCAGGACAGAUGGUUGGUAGUGUUACUGCUGUUCUUACUGAGGCCUCCCUCAAGAAUGACUACCAUUGUGUUCAGAGAUGUGUCAACGAUUGA